AUGAAGAAGUUGAAUUUGAUGUUACGGAAGUGCAAGACAUUGUCUAGACAGCUCGGACGCAGCUCGUCUUACAGUAGUUUGAGGUCCAAGUCGACGAGAGAUGAUUUAUGGGGUGUUGAUCAGGGCAAUGAGCAUCGCGAAACGAUAAUCGUUGGGAGCUCUAGGCGACGGUACGCUGUGAAAUCCGAGUUCUUGAGCCAUCCUUUGUUGAGCGCUCUGAUUGAGAAGUCCAAGAAGCAAAACCCAGGAAGCGUGGGAUGUGGUAGUGAUAUAAUAGCAGUGAAAUGUGAGGUGGUGCUGUUCGAUCAUCUCUUGUGGAUGCUAGAAAAUGCGGAUCCUACCAAUCUCACUCCUGAUUCUUUCGAAGAACUGGCUGAUCUCUAUGUUGUUUAG